UCUUUUCGGCAGCGAGGGAAUUGUGCUAGAGUGGCGGCCCUGCUGGAUAUCGAAGCCGGAAGCCAUGGUUAAAUACGCAAGAGAGCCGGAUAAUCCCACGAAGGCAUGCAAGGCCAGGGGCUCCGAUCUCCGGGUGCAUUCCAAGAACACCCGUGAGACAGCGCAGGCGAUCAAAAUGAUAAAGUUGAACAAGGCGAAGAGAUAUCUUGAGGAUGUCAUUGCCCACAAGCAAGCCGUUCCAUUCCGGCGGUUUUGCGGUGGUGUUGGCCGUACCGCUCAGGCGAAUAAAGAGGAUGACAAUGCCGUGGAGAUGGCAAAAGUCGUCACUCGUGCCUUAGGUGCACUUCAACCAAUCGAUGUUGUUCUGCCGUUCAGGUUUGCCCAGUUGGUGAAGAACAUCGCUGCAGAAGCUGGCUGUUGCCCAUGGAUGGUUGUUGGGCCGAUCCUCUCCAUUGGUGGUCUGAUGAUGGGAUGUAGAAGCUACACGAUUCUUUCUGGGAACACAUGGUUCGAGAAACCUAUCUUUUGGUCUGUGGUUCUAGCAUUCAGCGGAAUGAGCAAGUCGCCAGCCCACCAAAGGAUUGUGGCCGCAUUGAACAGAGCGGAAUCCGAGAUUCAAAAGGUGGUUUCUGCAGAAACAACCGCGGACAAUGGAGCGCAAAUUCAGAGUGAUCCAAACGACAUCCCACUUGAUCAGAAGAAACUGGACUUCCAUUUAACAGGGAAAACGUUUGAAAGGAUGUUUGAAGCACUUCAGGAGAAUGUAAACCCUGAACUCAUUGCAUUGGAGGACGAACUUGCAACCAUUUUUGGGAAAAUGGAUCUUUGUCACAAGCAAACACAAGGUGGAGUAGGACUCGACAGAUCCAGUAUGCUGAGUCUUAAACAAGGAGGCAGAUGGGAGAUGCGAACAGUUAACAGUCCGCAUCGACAUCUUUCUCGUACACAUGUUAUCUUCAGCGGGUAUAUACAGCCAGAGAGGCUCCAGAUGCUUUAUGUGAGCAAUGCUGAUGGGUUAAUGAAUCGUUUUCACAUUUUCAUUCCCGAAAUUUUUUUGGAAAGCUAUGCCCCACCUCAAAAUGGUCCAAAACGGYCACGACAUAUCAGGAAAUCAGGUCAACAGGAUGCGAUGCUUGAUGACCUAGAUGAAUAUUUAUCUGUGCCAAGUGAGUCAACAAUCCAACUCGCAGAGUUGUUCAAACGGAUCUGGAUGAUACACCAUGAUGUUGAAAACCAUGGUUUGGCAAAAAAACACCAGUACUGGAUUGAGGAUCGUGCAUUGGAGAACUUCAUACUUGAAUUCAAUCGGAUACAAAGGGUCUUGCGAAGUAUGCCUCAAAGACAUUGUUUCGGAAAAGGAGGUUUCUAUGGAAACAAGAAAGGGGAAAUCAUCAUCGUGUCAUCAAUACUGCAUGUCAUCACGUACUGUCUGGAAUCAAUGGCAGACGAUAUUGCUUCAUUCGAAGAUGAUACAGAUUCUCCAAUUGCACCAGAGCAAGUCAAUUUCGUGAUAAACUUCCUUGAAAUUUCUUGCAGGCAGCGGUUGGCAUUCAUCAACGACCAACAAUUAACAUAAGUGUUCGAUAAUUUUGAUGAGUAUGGUUCUGAUCACAGUGACAAUGAGCGUAAUAACGAGCGUGAAGAUCUUGGCAAUCGAGAUGAUGCAGCAAAAAUUUUCUAUGACAGGAAAAUUGCAGAAAAGUGUUCCAGGAUGCUGAAGAAGUUCACAAACUUACUGAAAUUACCAUUGACAGCAAUGGUAAACUGCAAGUGCGGCUUGAGYAGASAAAUCGAUGCCAUGUUCCGAGGAAUGGAAAGUCUUGGCUUGGRUACCUAUCAUGAGAAUCACGAAAGA